AUGGUGAGCAACAUCAAGAAAGACAGGAAGUCGAUGUUUAAAGAGGUGGGGCUGGAGGAUGACUUCAGCGAUGAGGACAUGCCGGGGACGCCGACGUCGCAGCAUGCGCGCGACCGCAAGGAGUCAGUAUCGAGUGAGAAGGAGUUUGGCGAUGCUGGCGAACUAGUAUCAGAACGCACCCGAAGUUCGAACGACGACAGCAACGGCGAUGGAGACGGUGAUGAUCUCACGAAAUCCUGGGAUCGGUCUUCACUAUCGCUCACCGGGAAGCAAAAGCCUGAUGGACCACCCGCGGUCGCAAAUGGCUAUCUGUGGAACGACUACAACUACCUCUAUCUCUACGGCGGCCAGUUUGCCGAUAACGACGGUGCGGAAGGUGUUUACGCGACCCCCGCUGCCAUGUCGAUCUGGCGGUACUCCGUCAAGGACAACUCAUGGCUCGAAUUCAGCGACCCGAAGACCUCGUCAGGAAACUACUCGACCGAUGCCAAUGUCGCUGUCCAGCGAUCCUCCGAAGGAGCUGGGUUGUCUGUCCCCGAGCUCGGUCUUAGCUGGUACUUUGGCGGCCACCUCGACCAGUCCACAACUCCAGGGUGGUCGAUUCACACACCCAGGGUUUAUCUUAAGAGUCUGCUGGAGUUUACGCACCCAGGUUACAUGAACACUGGGGUCAACUCCCUCCGUGGCGCGGGCGCUGCUGACGGCGGUGUCUUCCGCAACAUUACCGAGGGCGGUCUCCAAGAUUCUGAAGCUUUCCCCGAGAGAGCUGAUGGCGCCCUUGUGUUUGUACCGGGCUGGGGUGUGAGGGGAGUCUUGAUCGGCAUGGCAGGCGGCUCAGCAGACACCUUUGUUGAUGACUUGGGAACACUGGAUGUGUACGACAUCGCCACGUCGGAGUGGUAUCAUCAGAAGACGACGGGCGACAAGCCCUCGGUCAGGGUGAAUCCCUGUGCUGUCGUCGCCAGCGCACCCGACGCGUCGAGCUUUCAGAUCUACUUCUUCGGCGGCCAAAACCUUCAGCCAUAUAAACAACAAACUCAGUACAACGACAUGUACAUCCUCACCAUCCCCUCCUUCACCUGGAUCAAAGUCGACGAAGGCGACGGCGUGCCAUCACCCCGAGCAGGCCACACCUGCAGCAUGCGCGAUGGCCAAAUGGUCGUCGUGGGCGGCUACAUCGGCCAGAACGAAACGUGCGACAACUCCGGCGUAUACGUCUUCAACGCCAGCAGCCUCCAAUGGAGCGACAGCUUCAAGGCCGCAGACCACCCCGCCGACAUUAGCCCGGACAACUCCGUCCUCGCCGGUUCGUGGGGCUACAAGGUCCCCGGCAAGGUGCAGAGCGUCAUCGGCGGCAACUCCGACGGCGGUGCUACCGCCACAACCCCCGCCGCCGGCCCCGCAACAGGCGGCCCCUUCGCGACCGGCAAGCCCCCGGUCUUCACCAUUACGCAGGACGGCGCAACAGCUACCAUCACGGCGUUCGGCCCCACAAGCACCGGCGGCUCUGCCCCCGCCAAGGACGAAGACAACGGCCCGAACGCCGGCUUGGUCGCCGCGGGCGUCAUCGCCGGCAUCCUCGGCGCGCUGGCGCUGUAUCUGGGCUUCUGCGCCUGGCUGUACCGCCGCCAGGUCGCGGCCUACAAGCAGCAUCUCUCGCAGGUGAACCGGUACUCAGGCGCGAGCUCGAUGCACUUUGGCGGCGCGCUGCUGGCGGCGGGAGCAGCUGAGCGCCAGGAGAAGCGUGGCCACCGCAGGGAUGCGAGCACAGCCAGCAACGAGUCAUUCUCGUGGGUGGGAGCGGGUGUGGAGCCGAAGUGGAUGGUGGACGAGCCGACGCCAGGGUCUGGAUCCGGAUCCGGGGGCACAGGGGGCACGGCGUUUGGCAGCGGGAGCGGCGGCAGUAACCCCAGGAGGCCGAGCGAGGAUGUGCGCAGCGGGAGGGACCCUCGGACGAGCUCGAGCAGGCAUGCGAAUACGGAUAAUGAGAGCGUCACGAGUGCGGAUGGGCUGCUUGACGGGCAGGAGCCGAGUUUCUUCUCGGUUGUGAUGGGUCCGAGGCGGGCGCUGAGGGUGGUUAAUGGGGUGGAGUAA